CCUAACCGGUCUAUCCGGUUUCCUAACCCUCGGUUUUAUUAUUUCCGUCAUCAACUCCCUUGACUCGGUUCUCAUUCAAUUGCCGCUCUCUCCCAGAAAGCAAUUCAAAAGGAUUGCAAGUUGUGAUUUGUGGGAUAAUGUCAUCAAAUUUGGAGCCAAUACCAAUAACAUCACAAAAACAUGACCCGGCAUGGAAACAUUGUCAAAUGUUUAAGAAUGGUGAAAAGGUACAAUUGAAGUGUAUAUAUUGCGGCAAAAUCUUCAAAGGAGGUGGGAUUCAUAGGAUUAAGGAACAUUUGGCUGGUCAUAAGGGUAAUGCUGCUACUUGUUUGCGAGUCCCGUCCGAUGUUCGUGUUUUAAUGCAAGAAAGUUUAGAUGGGAUUGUGGUAAAGAAGAGGAAGAAACAAAAGAUUGUGGAGGAGAUAACGAAUGUUAAUCUGAUCUCUACUGAGACAAACGCAUUUUCCGAUCAGGUUGAUGCUAAUCCUGGAGUGCUUAUGAUCGAAAAUCCUGAGAUAGUUGAGCCUAGUUCAAGUUUGUUAGUUAGUCGGGAAGGAACAAGUAAUGUUUCCGGGGAGAGGAGAAAGAGGGGAAAAGGUAAAAGUUCGGCUGCUGAAGCUAAUGCACUUGGUUUUCCCCUGGUUGAGUUUGGUGCAAGGAGAGUAAACAAUAAUAUACAUAUGGCUGUAGGCAGAUUUUUGUUUGAUAUUGGAGCAACUCUGGAUGCAGUUAAUUCAGUUUAUUUCCAGCCAAUGGUUGAUGCAAUUAUCUCGGGAGGAAACGGGACACUAAUGCCUUCACGUAAUGAUCUUCAGGGUUGGAUAUUGAAGAAAUCGAUGGAAGAAGUGAAAAGUGAUAAUGAUAAAGUGAUUGCAUCAUGGGUGAGGACUGGUUGUUCUAUUCUGGUCAACCAAUGGAGCACUCAAACAGGUCGAAGCUUGCUAAACUUUUUGGUGUAUUGUCCUGAAGGAACAGUGUUUCUGAAAUCUAUAGAUGCUUCUAGUGUAAUAAAUUCCUCGGAUGCUUUGUAUGGAUUACUUAAGCAAGUUGUGGAAGAAGUUGGAUUUAAGCAUGUCUUGCAAGUGAUCACGAAUUGCGAGGAACAAUAUAUGGUUGCUGGGAAGAGGUUAGCCAAAACUUUCCCUACUCUGUAUUGGACCCCUUGUGCAGCUCAUUGUGUAGACUUGAUACUUGAAGAUUUUGCGAAAGUUGAGUGGAUCAAUACAAUAAUUGAGCAGGCUAGAUCUAUAACAAGAUUUAUCUAUAAUCAUAGUGUGGUCUUGAAUAUGGUAAGAAGAUAUACUUUCGGCAAUGAUAUUGUUGAACUGGCAGCCACUCGGUCAGCUACAAACUUUACUACAUUGACUCGGAUGGUUGAUCUUAGAAACAACAUGCAGGCCAUGGUUACUUCACAGGAGUGGGUAGACUGCCCCUAUUCAAAGAAACCAGGGGGACUGGCGAUGUUGGAUUUAGUGAGUGAUCAGUCAUUUUGGUCCUCUUGUGUUCUGAUUGUCCAGUUAACCAAUCCUCUCCUCAGAGUUCUAAGAAUGGUUGACAGCAGUAAGAGACCUGCGAUGGGAUAUGUUUAUGCUGGAAUGUAUCGGGCGAAAGAAGCAAUUAAGAAAGAAUUAGUUAAGAGGGAUGAUUAUAUGGUCUAUUGGAAUAUUAUCAAUCACUGGUGGGAACAACAAUGGCACUAUCCUCUUCAUGCUGCUGGUUUCUACCUUAAUCCCAGUUUCUUUUAUAGCAUGGAAGGAGACAUGCCUACUGAGAUGUUGUCAGGGAUGCUUGAUUGCAUAGAGAAAUUGGUUCCCGAUGUAACAGUUCAAGAUAAAAUCAGCAAGGAGAUAAACUCAUACAAGAAUGCUGCAGGAGAUUUUCAGAGGAAGAUGGCAAUUAGAGCUAGAGACACUCUACUCCCUGCUGAAUGGUGGUCAGCAUAUGGAGGAAGUUGCCCAAAUUUGGCCCGGUUGGCUAUCCGUGUCCUUAGUCAAACUUGCAGUGCUCAUGGGCUUAAGCAUCAUCGAAUCCCUUUUGAAAAAUUGCAUGAAACAAGGAACUGCUUAGAGCAGCAGCGGCUCAGGGACCUCAUCUUUGUUCAGUGUAACUUGCAACUAAGACAAAUAGGUUAUGACAGCAAGCAACAAGAUUCUGCGCAGCAAAUCUUAUUCGAGUCUGCCUCCAUUGUGGAAGAAUGGAUUACAGGAAUCGGCACAUUUUUGGAUGACGAUACCUAUCCAGAUUGGACGACACUUGAUACACUUUCUGUAAACACGAUGCCUUUAAGACCUCGGAGUGAUGAAAUCGAAGAGUUAGGUGCAGGUUUUGAUGAUCAUGAGAUUUUCAACCGAGUGAAGGAGGGUGAUGAUGAAAAUGCUGAAGAUAUUGCAGUAAGCUAGACGAAAACCAUUUCUAAUCUUGAUAAUCCUAGAUGGUGACCAAUGUUUUCUGCACGAAUAUCAACCAGAAUAGUGUAAAUUAAUGUAAUAAUCAGUGACUAUAUUUAUAGGAGCUGCUCUACCAUCCUGUUACAAAAAACAGUAGAAACAUAAAAGAAAAUUAGAUUUUUUAGAGAGGAUUAUAGGGUAUGUUAACAAUUUUUAAGGAUUCACGAUUAGA